AUGAUAAUCAAAAAUUGAGAAUCAUUGUUGAUAUUUUAUAUUAUUUCAAUGUUCCAUCAUUUUCAAACGAGUGAUAUUAAGUAUUAGUAGAAAAGCUAGAAACCGUGAAGUGAAAAGUUUGAAAAUAGUUUAAUAGUUACUGUUUUAAUAUUACGUUCUUACUUUUACUAUCUUGAAGACAACACGUUGUAGGUACACUUCAGUGUUCCAUAGAAAUGGGUCAAAGUCAUUCAGGCGGUGGUGGUGCUGGUGGUGAAAAGAAAGACGACAAGGACAAAAAGAAAAAGUAUGAACCACCAAUCCCAACAAGAGUGGGAAAGAAAAGGAAGCGUGCAAAGGGUCCAGACACAGCUACAAAACUUCCCCUAAUUACUCCACACACAAGAUGUCGUUUGAAGUUGUUAAAAUUGGAGCGUGUCAAAGAUUAUUUAAUGAUGGAAGAAGAGUUCAUACUGAAUCAAGAACGGCUUAAGCCCCAAGAAGAAAGGAAUGAAGAAGAACGUUCAAGAGUAGAUGAUCUACGUGGAAGUCCAAUGUCUGUUGGUACAUUGGAAGAGAUUAUUGAUGAUAAUCAUGCAAUAGUGUCAACAUCUGUUGGAAGUGAACAUUAUGUUAGCAUUUUGUCAUUUGUCGACAAAGAUCAGUUGGAACCCGGAUGCUCAGUACUACUUAACCACAAAGUUCAUGCAGUGGUUGGAGUACUAUCAGAUGAUACAGAUCCUAUGGUGACUGUGAUGAAAUUAGAAAAGGCACCCCAAGAAACUUAUGGGGAUAUUGGUGGUUUAGAUCAACAGAUCCAAGAAAUUAAAGAAUCUGUAGAACUUCCUUUAACUCAUCCUGAAUAUUAUGAAGAAAUGGGUAUUAAACCACCUAAGGGAGUUAUUCUGUAUGGACCUCCGGGAACGGGUAAAACCCUUUUGGCUAAAGCUGUUGCCAACCAGACCUCUGCAACAUUUUUACGGGUUGUGGGAUCUGAACUUAUCCAGAAGUAUUUGGGAGAUGGUCCCAAAUUGGUAAGAGAACUGUUCCGUGUAGCUGAAGAACAUGCACCAUCUAUAGUAUUUAUUGAUGAAAUAGAUGCUGUCGGUACUAAACGUUAUGACUCAAAUUCUGGAGGUGAACGUGAAAUUCAGCGUACUAUGUUGGAACUUCUUAAUCAAUUGGAUGGGUUUGAUUCUAGAGGCGAUGUUAAGGUGGUUAUGGCCACAAAUCGUAUUGAAACUUUGGAUCCAGCAUUGAUUCGUCCAGGUCGUAUUGAUCGUAAAAUUGAGUUCCCCUUACCUGAUGAAAAAACAAAACGUCGUAUAUUUAAUAUACACACAUCCAGAAUGACAUUGGCUGAAGGUGUUAAUCUUCAAGAGCUGAUUAUGGCCAAGGAUGAUCUUUCCGGUGCUGAUAUCAAAGCUAUUUGUACCGAAGCUGGUUUGAUGGCUCUUCGUGAACGCCGUAUGAAAGUAACCAAUGAAGAUUUCAAAAAGUCCAAAGAGAGUGUCUUAUACCGCAAGAAAGAAGGCACACCUGAAGGAUUAUAUCUGUAAUACUACUAAUAUUGAAUGAUUAUAUUUGUUAUACUGAAAAUAUCUAGGAUUAUAUUUGUAAUACUGAAAAUAUUUUGUAUUUUAUGUCUAUGAAAUUCCUUAAAUCAAACAUAACUUCACUGCUUAACUAUAUUUAUACAUUUUUCAGUGUUUUAAAACAUUUUUUCAAAUUAAUAAAUGCCAAAUUAUAACCAUA